AUGAAUCAACUUCGUUUGGGCCAGUGCCUGGGCACGGUCUCGUCAGCGUCCUUCAGGCGAAGCCAUAAUGAGAGCCUGGUUCACAGCCUCGGUCAUCGCAGGAACGUCACUUUUGCGUGGGCGAGGACGGAGCCAGAAUCUCCACGGGAUGCCAUUGCACGAGACGGUGACAGUGAAGGAGGAAGAGGAUUGCCUCCGUACAUUGCCCAUCAGGCGGGCGUGAAUUGCCUUGCCAUCGACAGCAACGAGGGCCGGUAUCUCUUUUCAGGAGGGGCGGAUUCUUCCAUCCGGCUGUGGGACCUCGAGGAACACGAAUCUUCAUCGUCUCCGUCAGCCUCGCCGAGGUCAAUACUAACGAAAUACACUCCGAAAGCAACACUGUCGAAAACCACUGCCAAUGCCCACACUCACGCUCUCACCUCGAUCUCAAUCUACCCCUUCGACCCUACUCCCACCACCCUCCUCACAACCUCCUAUGACAAAACCCUCAAAGUCACGUCGAUAACCCCUUCCGCUCUUACGCCCAUCCACACCUUCUCCCUCGACUUUCUCCCCUACACCCACUGUCUCUCCCCGCUGCCGGAUUCGUCGCCCUUGAUCGCCGUCGGAACAGCCCACCCGGCCAUCCGGCUUCUCGAUCUCCGCUCUGGCCUCUCCACGCACUCCCUGGCUGGCCCUAACGGUGCCGUAUACAGUGUAUGCUGGUCCCCGAAGCAGUCACACACCCUCGCCUCCGGUUCUACCGAUGGCCGCGUGCUCUUCUACGACAUCCGCCGAGCCAAUGCCGCCUUUGCGUCCUUGGAUGUCGACGACGUGAUCGGCGUCAUCGGUAUAUCGCCCACCACUGGCGCAUUAGCUCGUCGCGAGCUGCUAGAUUUCAACGCUGUCGCGCACAACGGCCCCGUGACGAGUGUGCAGUGGUCUCCGAUGGGCGACAAGAUCAUUACCACGGGCCACGACCAGCGCAUUCGUGUCUGGGACGCCGCUUCGGGUCGCAAUGAUCUAGUGCACUACGGUCCGAGGAUCAGGAACGAAAGGCAAGGCGAGUUGAAGCCUUUGCUCUCGCCGAAGGGUUAUCACGGCGUUGGGAAGGAGAUGCUCUGGUGGCCCAACGAUGACGGAAGGGGCAUGGUGUUCCAGCACCACCUGCGAGAGGGCAACUUGGUCAGGACCCUCAAAACAGAAGGCAUCAGGAUUUCAGAUGCGCAACGCGCGAGCGCGAAAAAAAGGGCCAGCGGCCGAAAAGCUGGCCCGGCGGGCGGCGCCGGCGCCAUGAGCAACAAUGUCGCCAGAUUGACGAGCGGAGGAAGAAUCAACGCCAUGGUAUGGCGGAUCAAUGCGCCCGUGGGCGAAGGCGUGGAGAUGUACACGGCGCACGGGGACGGGAGGAUCUGUGCAUGGAUGCCUUCCCAGACAUCAUACUACGAGGACGACCAGGAUGAUGCGCGGGAACGAUCUGGGGCCACCGAGCCAGGUAUCGGUAAUGACGGCAACGAUGACGAUGACGCCCCCCCUGCCCCGCUGCUGGACGAGGCCGAGCAAAAGAAGAAACGCAAGAGAGAUCUCGUCGAGGAUUUGAUCUCGGGCUUGACGAAGAAGCCCAUCAUCUUUUCCUAG